CGCGGCGCCUCGGAUGGCCGCGCACCGCACAGCGCUCGCGGCCUCCCUCGCGGCCUCCCUCGCGGCCGCCCGCGCCCGGCCGCCGCCCCCCGGCCGCCGCCCGCCGCCCGCGCCCCGCCCCGCGUCGGCUGGCGCCAUGGAGCCCGCGCCGCGCUGGCUGGCAGGGCUGCGCUUCGACAACCGCGCGCUGCGCGCGCUGCCGGUGGAGACGCCGCCGCCCGGCCCCGAGGGCGCCCCGUCCGCGCCGCGGCCCGUGCCCGGCGCCUGCUUCAGCCGCGUGCGGCCCGCGCCCCUGCGGCAGCCGCGCGUCGUGGCGCUGUCGGAGCCCGCGCUGGCGCUGCUGGGCCUGGGCGCGCCGCCCGCCGAGGCCGCCGCCCGCGAGGCGCGCGAGGCCGAGGCCGCGCUCUUCUUCAGCGGCGGCGCGCUGCUGCCGGGCGCCGAGCCGGCCGCGCACUGCUACUGCGGCCACCAGUUCGGCCAGUUCGCCGGGCAGCUGGGCGACGGCGCCGCCAUGUACCUGGGCGAGGUGUGCACGGCGGCCGGCGCGCGCUGGGAGCUGCAGCUCAAGGGCGCCGGCCCCACGCCCUUCUCCAGACAGGCUGACGGUCGCAAGGUGCUGCGCUCCAGCAUCCGCGAGUUCCUGUGCAGCGAGGCCAUGUUCCACCUGGGCAUCCCCACCACCAGGGCCGGGGCCUGCGUCACAUCCCAGUCCACCGUCGUGCGGGACGUGUUUUACGACGGCAACCCCAAGCCCGAGCCGUGCGCGGUCGUGCUGCGCGUGGCCCCCACGUUCCUCAGGUUUGGAUCCUUUGAGAUCUUCAAGUCUCCGGACGAGCACACGGGGCGCGCAGGCCCCAGUGUGGGGAGGAAUGACAUCCGCGUGCAGAUGCUUGACUACGUCAUCAGCACUUUCUACCCCGAGAUCCAGGCUGCUCACGCCAGCGACGCUGUGCAGAGGCACGCUGCCUUCUUCCGGGAGGUGACACGGCGCACGGCCCAGCUGGUGGCUGAGUGGCAGUGCGUGGGCUUCUGCCACGGCGUGCUCAACACGGACAACAUGAGCAUCCUGGGGCUCACCAUCGACUACGGGCCCUUCGGCUUCCUAGACAGGUACGACCCCGACCACGUGUGCAACGCCUCCGACACUGCCGGGCGCUACUCAUACAGCAAGCAGCCAGAGGUGUGCAAGUGGAACCUGCAGAAGCUGGCCGAGGCCCUGGACCCCGCGCUGCCCCUCGAGCUGGCCGAGGCCAUCCUGGCGGAGGAGUUCGAUGCCGAGUUCCACAGGCACUACCUGCAGAAGAUGCGCCGGAAGCUGGGCCUCGUGCGGACCGAGCGGGAGGAGGACGGCGCCCUGGUGGCCAAGCUCCUGGAGACGAUGCACCUGACGGGUGCUGACUUCACAAACUCCUUCUACCUACUGAGCUCCUUCCCAACCGGGCCAGAGCCUCCAGCCCUGGAUGAGUUCCUGGCGGCGCUGACUGCACAGUGUGCCUCCCUGGAGGAGCUGAGGCUCGCCUUCCGACCCCAGAUGGAGCCCCGGCAGCUGUCCAUGAUGCUCAUGCUGGCACAGUCCAACCCGCAGCUCCUGGCCCUCAUCGGCACGCGGGCGAGCCUGGCGCGAGAGCUGGAGCGCGUGGAGCAGCAGUCGCGGCUGGAGCAGCUGAGCCCGGCCGAGCUGCACAGCAAGAACAGGAGCCGCUGGGCCGAGUGGCUCCAGGAGUACAGAGCCCGGCUGGAGAAGGACCGGGAGGCCGCGGGCGACGCUGCAGCCUGGCAGGCCGAGCACGUGCGCGCCAUGCACGCCAGCAACCCCAAGUACGUCCUGAGGAACUACAUCGCGCAGCACGCCAUCGAGGCCGCCGAGGGCGGGGACUUCUCGGAGGUGCGGCGGGUGCUGAAGCUGCUGGAGACCCCGUACCACAGGGAGGGGGAGGCCGUCGAGCCCGCGGAGGCCGGUGCGGAGGCCGGUGGGCGGCGCUCCUACAGCAGCAAGCCCCCGCUCUGGGCGGUCGAGCUGUGCGUGACGUGAUCCUCGUAACCGCCUUGGAGGCCUCCGCGCAGGAGCCCCGAGGCCCGAGCCUUUGAGUCCACGAGGCGGCCGCCACCCCGCCGGUCUCUCCAUGACGGCAGAGACGUCCAGUCGGGACCUGACCCGUCUCUGUCUGAUGCCGACUCAGCAGCACCGCCCCGCCCCAGGCUCUGCCCCCCACGUCAGGCCGCUUCGCCCCAGGACGGCUCCGCAGAGGGGCCCGCUCGGCUGACCCACGGCCCCC